UAAUCAAAGCUUACAUCAAUAUGGAGCUUCACUUACUCUUAUACCCUAUUCUUGCCACUAGUUUGAUGCAUGGUGUUCGCUCAUCGGUUUUCACGAUAAAAAACAACUGCCUUUUCAACAUCGCCCCAGGAAUUUUGACCAGCUCAGGGGCAUCAGUAACAACAGGAUUUGAACUUGCACCACAAGCCUCAAACACUGUUAACAUUCCAACACCAUGGUCUGGACGAGUCUGGGCUCGGUUUCAAUGUUCAAAUGAAGGUGGGAGGUUUAGUUGUAAAAGCGGAGAUUGUGGUUCGGGUCAAGUAGCAUGCAAUGGUGCUGGUGGAGCACCACCAGCAACCCUUGCUGAGUUCACAUUAGCAGAUGCAAGUGGAAAAGACUUUUAUGAUGUUAGCCUUGUUGAUGGGUUUAAUUUACCUGUUUCAAUUGUUCCACAAGGUGGUUGUCCAACCACCGACUGUCUGGUUGAUAUUAAUGCUCAAUGCCCGUCUGACCUAGCCGUGAAAGAUGGAUCGGGUGGAACCAUCGGAUGUAAAAGUGCAUGUGUUGCAUUUAACAAGCCGGAAUAUUGUUGCUCCGGAGAUCAUGGUACGCCGGAAACCUGCCCCGCAUCAGAUUAUUCAAGGUUUUUCAAAAAUCUUUGCCCUAAAGCUUAUUCUUAUGCGUAUGACGACAGAUCAAGCACUUUUACAUGUAAUACCGGCCCUAACUAUGACAUAACAUUCUGCCCAUGAUAUUUGUAUCUUUCUCGGCAUAUAGUUGAAAAAUGAUGAAGAAUAAUAAAUAAUAAUGUGCAGGGCCGGCCCUGAGAAUUCAUGUA